AUGGUCAGGAGCAGCCAAGGUGGGGAGUGCAUCAGUGUAGGAGGUGUGGAGACGAGGUUGCUGUUUGCAGACGACCUUGCUUUAUUAGAAUUUUCUGAAACUGAUCUACAGCUCUCUGGAAAGAUUCGCUACAGUGUGCGGCGUGGCCGGCAUGCGUGGGACGAAAAGCCUUGUGUCUCAUUUUUUCCUACCCGUUUCUCCGUUCGGGUUUUCGGAGUAGCAGUGAAGCAGGUGGAGAAGUUCAAAUUCCUCGGGUCGUGUUUACUGCUGAUGGAAAAGUGGAGGAGGCUUCAGGAGGAGACGACCGGUGGAUUGGAGUGGCGAGUUGUGUUCUGCGUUAACUAUUCCGAACCACUUGACUAA